AUGCCGUCUUUUUUUCGCAAGCGCGGCGAGCCUGAGGAGAUCACGCCGUACCCCGCCCUCGACGAUGAAGCCGAGGCCACCGGCAUCGAGCCGCUGAAGGCUCUGGCUCAGUUCGAGAAGGCGCACAAGCUCGAUCCGAACAUGCCAAUCGACGAGCUCAACGAUGUCGACGCAGCGCUCGCUACGGGGAAUGCCGAGAAGGGUCUGGAGAUCGAGCAGGCCCUUAUGGAGGACAACUCGCCUUAUCCAGAGGUCCGCGCCGUGGUACGGAAUUACGAUGUUGAUUUGCCCGCCAACACGAUUCGCGCGUGGGUUAUUGGCAUGCUGCUCUGCACUCUCGGCUCUGGUGUCAACAUGCUGUUUUCUUUGCGCAAUCCCAGCGUAACAAUCACCACAUACGUCGUCCAGCUUAUCGCAUAUCCAAUGGGCCGAGGUUGGGAUUUGAUCAUGCCUGAUAAGGAGCAGAAUGUCUUUGGCAUCAAGUUCAACCUCAAGCCCGGUCGUUUCAACUUCAAGGAGCACGUCAUUAUUGUUGCCAUGUCUAAUGCUGCAUAUGGAGGUGGUGUUCUGUACGCGACGGAUGUGUUGCUUGCGCAACAGCUCUUCUACAAGCAGCACUUUGGCUGGGCUUUCCAAUUGCUCUUCGGCAUCACAACUCUUUGCACUGGCUACGGUCUUGCUGGCCUGGCAAGGCGCUUUCUCGUCUGGCCAUCCGCAAUGAUUUGGCCGUCAAAUUUGGUUAACUGCGCUCUGUUUUACACCCUCCACGACCACUCGGGCUCGGACCCUUCUAAGACGAACGGCUGGAAAAUUGGUCGCUACCGCUGGUUCCUCAUCGUCGGCAGCGGCGCCUUUGUCUGGUACUGGUUCCCCGGCUGGAUCUUCCAGGGCCUGUCAUACUUCACCUGGAUUUGCUGGGUGGCACCUCAGAACGAAGUUGUGAAUAAGGUGUUCGGCGGUCUAUCGGGCUACGGUCUCAUGCCCAUUUCGUUCGAUUGGACCGUCAUCUCGGGAUACUUGACCUCGCCCAUGAUUCCGCCUUUUCACGCCAUUGCGAACGUCAUUGCCGGUAUCCUCAUCUUCUUCGUUGUUGUUUCCUCGGGCAUCCACUUCUCCGGUACUUGGUACUCCAACUACUUCCCCGUCCAGAGCUCGGAGUCGUUCGACAACACCGGUGCAGUUUACAACGUUUCUCGUAUUCUCGACGCCAACUUCCAGUUCAACGAGACCGCCUACAACGCCUACUCGCCGCUGUUUUUGCCUACUCAGUUCGCCCUCGCAUACGCCCUGUCUUUUGCUGCCGUCGCUGCCGUCGUUGUUCACGUCGUUCUCUACCACGGAACCGAGAUCUGGGGCCAGUUCAAGCUGGCUCGACACCAGGAAGAUGAUGUCCACAUGCGCCUGAUGAAGAAAUACCGCGACGCUGAGGACUGGUGGUAUCUCGCCCUUUUCGUCGUCAUGAUCAGCAUUUCAUUUGGCGUCGUGGCAGGCUGGCCCACAGGCUUCCCUGCUUGGGCCUAUGUCGUCUGUAUCAUGAUUCCCGUCGUGUGGCUCAUCCCUAUUGGUAUCGUGCAGGCUAUCACCAACAUCCAGCUCGGUCUCAAUGUCCUCACCGAAUUCAUCAUCGGUUACAUGGUGCCCGGCCGACCGCUUGCCAUGAUGAUGUUCAAGAACUACGGUUACAUCUGCAUGUCGCAGGCGCUCUACUUCGCGCAGGAUCUGAAGCUCGGCCACUACAUGAAGGUUCCUCCUCGUACAAUGUUCGCCUCUCAGCUUGUCGCCUCGCUGUGGUCUGCAAUCGUGCAGAUUGCUGUCAUGAACUGGGCUCUCGGUGCCAUUCCGGAUGUUUGCCAGCCGGACCAACCAAGCAACUACACCUGUCCUGGAGGUCGCGUCUUCUUCACUGCAUCCAUCAUCUGGGGUGCCAUCGGACCCGCUCGCAUGUUCUCCGGAAACGCUCUCUACUCCUCUCUUCAGUGGUUCUGGCUCGUUGGUGCUAUCACUCCCAUCAUCACCUGGUUCCUCGCCCGAAAGUGGCCUAAGAGUAUCUGGCGCUACGUCAACACGCCUCUGCUGUAUGGCGGCUCAGGCUGGCUGCCGCCCGCCAGUGUCUACAUCUACCUCUGCUGGGCUCUCGUUGGCACCUUUUUCAACUUCUUCGUCAAGCGACGUUACACGGGCUGGUGGCUGCAGUACAACUACAUCACCUCCGCGGCGCUCGACUGCGGCCUUAUCGUGGCCACGCUCAUCAUUUUCUUCACGUUGUACCUCACAUCGGCCAAACCGCCGCAGUGGUGGGGCAACGUAGAUGUGUUUGAGACAAUGGAUUGGAAGGGCACAGCCAUCAAGACGCAUGUCCCGCCGGGCACGACGAUUGGGCCCAGCACGUGGCCGUAA